CAACAGGUGAUAGACCGGAGUGGGGCGCGCAUCGGGGAGUACGAGGACGUCUCGCAGGUGGAGAAGUACCAGAUCGCAGACAGCGACUACGACAAGCGGCCAGAGACCCUGCGCUCCUUCCUGCGCCAGCGGCAGUGGGGCCGUUACGACGAGGAGGGCUCUCGGCGCCGGGCGGAGCAGCAGCAGCAGCGAGAGGCCGAAGAAGCCGCCGUGGCCUCCACCAUCCCCCUGGGCUCCCGCUGCCAGGUGCGGGUGCCGGGACAGCCCUGCAGGCUGGCCACCGUCAUGUACGUGGGCCAGACCGACUUCAAACCGGGCUACUGGGUGGGCGUCCGCUACGACGAGCCGCUGGGCAAGCACGACGGCAGGUAGGGGGUCCCCUGAAACAUCCCCCGGGGUGUCCCCCUCUUUGUGGGGAC